AUCGAAAGUAGGGCGACAGUUUUUCCACGACACAUAUGGCCUGAAAAAAGAAAAUGCUGGACGAUGGCUCCACGUAAGAAUAAGAACAAGACUCCCCGUAAAAGAAAAGAACCAACGAGUCUAAGCAACCCUGUUUUUGAACCAAAAUGCGACCUUCCUUUAACAGUGUCUAAAGACAACAAACCGAUUUCACCGUCUAAAGGGUUAUUGCUACCUCAGGACGUGGACCAGUCGGUGGUUAUACCAACCAAUAUUACAGGAGAGUCAGCUGAAACACGGAAUUAUGACGCUAACACUUAUGACCCGGGUCCAGCAACGCCGUCACAGAACCGACGCAAUACUGUAGCGUUAACGGAAAGACGGUUACAACAAAGCCAAGAUCUACCUGCUUUUCGACAUAAUAACAGUGGGGAAGUACCGACUAAAGCAUCUCCGUAUGUGAAUGAAACCAUUCCAACAUCUGACAUGGAACAAUUUUUUACCGGAGCAGGGAUGGAAAAUCUAUAUGAAGCAUUUACAUCAAAUUUGGAUACCAGAAAAGAACAACUUGAAUAUGUCAGCGCCUGGCUCGAACAUCUAUUAAAAACAGUUCCAGAUCGGAAUAAUAAAAACAAUGGAGAAAACAACAAUCAGCAAAUUGUCAUUCAAAUCAGGGUAAUGGAUAUAUUCGUCGAAGAGAAUAAUGAAGAUACGACCAAGAAUAUGAUUUUCAAAAAAUAA